GCCGCGUGAUCAUGUCGUUACGGGCGCGGUCGCACGUAGGCUUCGUGUCGGUCUCGUGGCGUCUCCCAGCGCUGAGCGCGGCAGGCGGCCACCGCGGCUGGUUUGUCGGAACUCUCGCCGCCACCGGCCAUCGCUCAGGACUCGCCUCCGCGCUCGCGGUGGAGGUGGUGCCGCCGCCGCCGAGCGAGGCGGCGGAGCCGACAGGAGGCGCGCGCGGCGGGGGAUGCGCGCGGACGCGGCGCCUCGGCUAUGUCCGGAUGCGCGCCCCAGGACGGCGCGGCGUCGGCGGCACCGACGACUGGAUGGGCGGGGGGCGGCAUGUGGCGGUCGAUUCGCGCUCGGGCGCGCUCCGCCUCUCGGGCUACACGGGCAGCGCCGAGCUUGAGAGCAAGCCCGCCGUCUUUGCGGUGGAGGAGGAUUUCACGACGGUCGCGUCGCGCGCGUCCUUGUGCGAGCUGCCGCGCGGCAGCAACGCCUCCUUCUGGCAGCGCAUGGAGGCGCACAUCGACGGCUGGAUCGGUGAGGAGCACUUCGACUGGAUGGUCGGCAAAGGCAUCAACGCCGUCCGUUUGCCGCUCGGCUGGUGGGACGCGAGGGGGGUCGUCGUGCUCCUCGAUUUGCACGGCGCGCCCGGCGGGCAGAAUGGGAAGGAGCACUCGGGCUGUGCCGGCCGCGCCGAGUGGCACCGCUACUCGAUCGACAAUUCGCUCGCCGUGGCGCGCUUGCUAGACGCGGGCGCCGACGCCGCGCUGCGUAGUCACCAUGGAACACCCUCCUCGCCUUGUGACCCGCUGCAGUUGCGACGGCUGAUGGACGAGGUGGGCGAGCACCCCGCGCUGUGGGGCGUCGAGCUGCUCAACGAGCCCGGCGAUCUCAGUUCGGCGCCGCGCGAGGACGAGAUGCGGCCACUGCUCAUCGAGUACUACGAGGCUGCUUACUCCCUCGUGCGGCGCCGGCGCGCCGACGUCGCGGUCGUUUUUUGCGUCCUCUACUGGUUUGACUUGUGGGGGUGGGUGACGCAGCUGCGCGAGCCGCAGUUCCACAACGUCUUCAUCGACCUGCACUUGUACACGGCCUUUGACGGGCUGUCGGAGGCGACGCCAGACGAGACGGUGGUGCAGGCGGCUCGCACCUUUGGCUGCCGCCUCCUGCAGCACGCCCGGCACCAUCCAGUGGUCGUCGGCGAGUGGUCCCUUGCCGUCGACGAGAUGGGCCUCAAGGUGAGCCAGCGCUUCGUCGACACCCUCUUCGCCUCCUUCGCAGCCGCGUUUGGCCACUUUUUCUGGACGCUGCAGAUGGACGCCGCUGCCGACAUGGCGGAGCACGACCACCUCGGCGGGCACGUGAAGAUCGGACAGUCGCCACAGUGGUCGCUCGUGCAGGCGCUCGACGCGGUCCCGAACCGCCUCCCAGACGGCUCCGCGUCCUCAAGCUCCGCGUCCCUCGCCUCGCUCCGCUCGCUCCGAUCGGUGGCGACGCAUCGCGGCCCCGUCAAGAGCCCUUCCAUCGCCUCGUUCCACUACUCGAUCGCCUCGUCCGCGGACCGCCGCAAAGCCAACCACGGCAGCUCCGCGUCACUCGCUUCCCUCGGUUCGGUGGCGACACACCGCUCGGUCGCUAGCCCCUCGCUCGUGUCCAUUCAUGCGUACGUCCACUCCACGUCCCCGAACCAUCGGGAGCGAGGAGGGAAGGAGAAGUACGUUCGCCUUUUGUCUGAUUGAGCCGUGUACGACUCCGCCCCCACGUUAGUAGCGCGAUAGUAC